AUGGACUUCUCAGGUGCCACCUGGACCAGGCCAAGUCGUGUGCUGAGGUCCGGGCCCAAGGUGGAGUCCCAUCCUCUGGUCCCCUGUUUGAGCCCUAAAUCCUGUGGACAGCACAGCCACAGGCAGAGCCCUAGAAAACUAGAAACCAGGAGCAGGAAGGACUACAAUGAGACGCUGGCCACAGCAAUUGCAACACACCCCGCUGCAUCACAUUUAAACCUUGAUGAACUGCAGUAUGCUCAAACAUUAAUAUUUGCUAUUGAAGAAAUAAAUAACAGUUCUUAUAUUCUUCCCAAUGUGUCUCUGGGCUAUAAGAUUUAUAAUGAUUGUGGAACCAUAGCUUUGGCUAUAAAAGCUGCAUUGGCAUUAAUGAAUGAGCAGCAAAAGGAAAUUAAUUUAAAGAGCUCCUGCACCAAGUCACCCUCUGUUCACGCAAUAAUAGGACUAUCUGAAUCUUCACCGACAAUUGGACUUGCAACAACUGUUGGACCCUUUAACAUACCUGUGAUCAGUCACUUUGCUACCUGUGCCUGCCUCAGUAACAGAAAGGAGUUUCCUAAUUUCUUCAGGACAAUUCCCAGUGAUUAUUACCAAAGUACAGCCCUGGCAAAGCUUGUGAAGCAUUUUGGAUGGACCUGGGUCGGAGCCAUUCGAACUAACAAUGAUUAUGGCAACAAUGGGAUGGCUACCUUUCUACAAGCUGCUCAGCAGGAGGGGAUCUGUAUUGAAUAUUCAGAGGCAAUUUACAGAACUGAUCCAAGGGAGAAAUUCCUUAAAGUAGUAGAUAUUGUGAAAAAGUCAACCUCAAAUGUACAACAUUACCUCAAGAGAGUUAACUACACAACCCAGAAAGGAGAGAAAGUAUUUUUUGAUGACAAUGGGGAUCCAGUAGCACGAUAUGCAAUAGUAAACUGGCAGCCGAACAAUGAGGGAAUUACAACAUUUAAAAUUAUUGGUUUUUAUGAUGGUUCUUUUCCAGAAGGACAGCAAUUUAUAAUGAAUAAUAUUAGUCCUGUGUGGGCAGGUCAUCAGUAUAAGAUACCAAAGUCGGUCUGCAGUGAGAGCUGCCUUCCAGGCACUCGUAAGGCCAUUGAGAAAGGGAAGCCUGUCUGCUGCUUUGUCUGCAUCCCCUGUGCAGAGGGAGAGUUCAGCAACACUACAGACUCAUUGGGAUGUACCUUAUGUCCUUUGGAGUACAGACCAGCUGAACAACGAAAUCAGUGUAUCUUAAAAAGUGUUGAGUUUUUGUCUUUUAGAGAAUUAAUGGGGGUACUUUUAGUCACAUUUGCAUUGCUUGGAACUUGCUUAACCAUGGUAAUUAGUGUUAUUUUUUUCCAGUACAGAUUUACUCCCAUUGUAAGAGCCAAUAACUCUGAACUAAGUUUCCUUCUGCUCUUUUCGUUGACACUGUGUUUCCUCUGUUCACUUACUUUCAUUGGCCAGCCCUCUGACUGGUCCUGUAUGUUGCGCCACACAGCAUUUGGGAUCACAUUUGUCCUGUGCAUCUCUUGUGUUCUGGGGAAAACAAUAGUGGUGUUAAUGGCCUUUAGGGCUACACUGCCAGGCAAUAACAUUAUGAAAUGGUUUGGCCCCAAACAGCAGCGGUUAAGUGUUCUUGGAUUCACACUUGUGCAGGUCUUGAUUUGCACUUUUUGGUUGGCAAUAUCACCUCCUUUUCCUCAAAACAAUACAAAAUAUUAUAAAGAAAAAAACAUUUUAGAAUGUAAUUUAGGUUCAACAGUGGGAUUCGGGGCUGUGUUAGGUUAUAUAGGAUUCCUCUCUGCCAUGUGCUUUGUGCUCGCUUUCCUGGCUCGGAAGCUUCCUGAUAACUUCAAUGAAGCCAAAUUCAUUACAUUCAGCAUGCUCAUAUUCUGUGCUGUCUGGAUCACCUUUAUCCCAGCUUACAUCAGCUCUCCUGGGAAGUUCACAGUAGCUGUGGAAAUAUUCGCAAUUCUAGCAUCAACCUAUGGGUUACUUUUCUGCAUCUUUAUGCCAAAAUGUUAUAUUAUAUUACUUCAACCUGAGAAAAAUACCAAGAAACAUUUAAUGGGUAAAGCACCGAUAAAAUAAGGCAGAUCUCUUUGGAACAUUUAUUUUGCUCCAUAAAUUAUUGUCCACAUUUCCUUUCUCUGAGUUAAAUGUAUUUAAUUGGAUUUUAGUUUCUUCCCUCUUUUUAGUACCUCCACUUUGUCUUGAUAGCUGUCUGUAUUUUACAAUUUGUUAGAAUGAGGCACAAG